UCUUUCUUUAUUUACUUUUUUCCAACUAGUCAAUUUACAUUAACAAAAAUACCUCCUAAAUGUGAUUUAGUAAUACAAUACUCCUAUCAUUAUGAAAUUAAUGAUCAAAUGAAAAACACUAUCAUUAACAGUCUCAAUCAAAAACCAUAUUUUAUUUUCCAAUGCAUUCAUCCUAAUAAAUUCUAUGAUGAUCCAUUUGUGAUGUUAAAUUACAACGAUUUACCACUACUCCAAAAUGGUUUAUUCCACCAUCAUACAUACAAGGAAAUUGUAUGGAAGAAGUUACAAAACUCGAAGGAGUUCUUAUUACACCAAUAUUUGAGGAAUAUGAGAAGAUGA